AUGAUAUCGUCGAUUCAAAUCAAGGAAUCUUCUGGAAACGCAUCGAAUCGCUCUCCCUUAUUGAUCAAGAAUCUUCUCAAGCCGGAAACAGAAGUCAUCGUUAGCUCCAGUCCGAUGUCUCCAUUGUCGUUUGAUGAUGGCCUCUCACUGAUGGGACUAUCGAAUCUGGGACUCAGGAUUGCAAAUGGAUCACCAGCUUCUUCCACCUGCUCUACGUCUCUCCACUCCUCUCCUGCAACUACCCCGGACACCUCCAUCCGCUACAUCGCCACGCCAUCUCCAGCUCGUCGCGUCGUCUCGUCUCCAGAAUACGGCAAUUACCCCUUGCUCUAUGCGAAGACCUUUUUCGCGAGCAGUAAAUCCAAUGAGAGUAGGUUUAUUGUGGUCCCAGAUGGGCUCAAAGUAGUGAGCUACGAUGUCCCAGAAGGUGCGUUCCAGACGGAAUGGCAGAGACAAGCAUACGAAGUAUUCCUGAUGCAGUUGAGCUUGAAGGAGGCUUCAAAGGCUGGAGGACCGGGCCAUGAAGGAUCCUUCGAUGCCGACGAACUCCAUGAGGAUGAGGCACAAGCUCGUCAAGCCUCAAGAGACGAAUUCAUGCUCAAAGAAGUUCUCCACCUGGAAUCCUGGCCGGAAAUCUAUAGAAACUGGAUGUUCUGCUGGAAGCUUCCCAACGGAUCCUGGAAGGUCCCAGGUGGGUUGCUAAACCCUAGUGGAAGUCAGAAGCUACCCCAGGUGGUGUCUAGGGUCUCCACUUGGACAGCUCUUCGGAAUCAAUAUUUGAGGAGGAUGAAUAUAGACGACACUCCAUUUGGGGAGGAAGAGUUCAAGCAGUUCAGAUGGUUGGUAAAGAAGGAGCAUGAGGAGCAACUCGCAAAAGGAUGGAUCACGGUGAAGACGUUGAAGGAGCAGAAGGAGCUGGGAGAGCCGGCGAAGAAAAGGUUCAAGGAGGAGCAUCAACGCCAGCGUCUGAAGCUUCUACGCCAACGACAGGAGGAUAAACGUCAACAUCGGUGA